GAGAAAUGCCAUACUGUUUUGAACGACUGCAAGAUGGCUUGGAGGUUUGUCAAUGUUGUUUUGAGAAUGUAAUUUCUGUUCAAGAAAUGAGCCAAACCAAUGGAGAAAAACUGUAAAAUCAUUUAACGUGCAAAGUCUCAUAUGUCCAGGAGGGAGAGACCUACCACAACCUACACGAGCAGAUACAGUUAACAUCAAAUCUGCAGAUGCUUUUGGAGGCCCUUUGUUUCCCAAGGUGCCUUCUGGUCCUGCUGUACCACCCGCUUUUAUCCCCUAGGUCCCCCAAGGCUUAAAAAAAAACAGAAAAGGUGCUAAGGUAAAUGAUGGCAAAUUAGACUAAACAAAUUAGUAAACAUAAUAUUAGCAUAGCAAUAACAUAGCAAAAAUGUAUUAUGAACAAAUCUAAAUUAGUAAAGUAAUUGACAAACAAAAGUAAACUAAUUUUAGAAUACACAAAAUAAGCAAAUAGCUCCUACAGCGUCUGAUGAGCAUUUUAGGAGUUUAACAUCUUGACCAGUGGGGGCAGUAAUGCACUGACCCUGUCUACUCUGCUGCACACAAAACAGGAAACAGACCGCUGAGCCUCGUGUGCGGUUAGCUCGGAGCUAAAGCUAAAAACAGUUUGUUAAAAUGUCCAAAAGCCAAACACUGAGAGCUUUGGUGAAUGAGCGGCUGACUGCGGCUGCUGAAGAGAUCUUUGCGCUGUUUGAAAGAACGAUAGCGGAGUAUGAGGAGGAAGUGUGUCGCUCCAAAGAGGAGAACCAGAGGAAACAGGAGCUCCUGGACUCGAUACUGAACCCCUCAAAGAGUCCUGGUCCCGGUCUGAACCAGGACCCUCCACACACUCCACGGAUUAAAGAGGAGCCACAAGAGCCAGAGGAGCCGAGCGUCAAACAGGAGGAACACACGCUCCUAGUACAGGUCACAAUGGGCGUCCCAGAGUCCAGUGCUGUUUGUGUGAAGACAGAAGAGUCCUCACUGCUUCAACAAAGACAAACUGAGCUCAGAGAGGAAACACAGGGAGAGGACAUCAGCACAGAGACACAUUUACACUCCUCUGACACUGUUAAUGAUGAAAACUGGGGAACUCUGUUCAUCUGUUCAGCUGCACAGAUGGAGACAGACGCUGAUGGAGACCACAACAACCAAGUCCAGAAAGGCCAAACUCUGACAGCUUUAGUGAAUGAGCGGCUGAGUGUGACUCCUGAAGAGACAGGUCUGGACCAGGACACGCCACAGACUUCACAGAUUAAGGAGGAGCCAGAGGAUACGAGCGUCGAACAGGAGGAGCAGGUCUCAGUGGGCGUCCCAGAGUCCAGUGCUGUUUGUGUGAAGACAGAAGAGUCCUCAUUGCUUCAACAAAGACAAACUGAGCUCAGAGAGGAAACACAGGGAGAGGACAUCAGUGCAGAGACACAUUUACACUCAGAGACUGAGGGAGACACUGAGCACUCCUCUGACACUGAUGAUGAAGACUGGAGAGCUCCAUUCAGCUGUCCAGCUGCACAGGUGGAGACAGACGCUGAUGGAGACCACGACGACCAAGUCCAGAUCAGAACCCGAAGCUCCGCUGCACAAAGCUCAGGUCUAUCCCCCAAAUACAAGUCUGCACCAGAGACCAGUGCCACUGUGAACAAUGGCGACAUGUCAGGAACAGCAGAAGGAGCUAAGGGCAAGAAACACCAGUGCUCUGUGUGUCAAAAGAGGUUUAGGACUAAGCAGCAUUUACAAAGACAUAAUAUAAUUCACACAGGAGAGAAACCAUUCAGUUGUUCAACCUGUGAGAAAACAUUCAACCGAAAGGCCAAUCUAGAUAAACAUGAAAAUAUACAUGCAAAGAAACCAUUCAGCUGUUCAACAUGCAAGCGUGUAUUUACAUCAAAAAGUUUUCUAGCUCUACAUGUAAAGAGACACCUGGGUGAAAAACCAUACAGCUGUUUAACUUGUGCAAAGACAUUUUUUAAAAAGUGUGAUCUAAAUAAACAUGUGAGAAUACACACAGGUGAACGACCUUACAGCUGUUCAACGUGUGAGAAGAGAUUUUCUCAAAAGUGUGAUCUAAAUAAACAUGUGAGAAUACACACAGGUGAACGACCAUACAGAUGUUCAGUGUGUAAAAAGACAUUUUCUGAGCAGAGUGGUCUUGUUAGACACAUGAGAACCCACACAGCUGAAAGACCUUACAGGUGUUCAACAUGUGAGAAGACAUUUUCUGAGCAGAGUAGUCUUGUUAGACACAAGAGAACCCACACAGCUGAAAGACCUUACAGGUGUUCAACAUGUGAGAAGACGUUUUCCCGCAAAGAUAUUUUGGAUGGACAUGAGAGAACACACACAGGGGAACGACCUUACAGCUGUUCAACGUGUGAAAGGACAUUUUCUGAUCAGAGUAAUUUAAUUAGACAUGAGAGAACACACACAGGUGAAUGACAUCACAGUUGUUGAUUAUGUGAGAAGACAUUUUCUGAGCAGAAUUGUCUUGUUAAACAUGUGAAGACGCAGGUGUGAACGACCUUACAUUGUGUUCCAUUUGUAAUAAAGGCUUUAUACAGAGACAUCAUUUGAAUAUUCACAUGAGAACUCACAGAACAGAGUGUGACUGAAGGAUUAUUGAUUGUGUUCAUGAGAUGUUUUAAAGAGCCUAAAUUCUGUUUUACAAUAAAAAUCAAACCUUAAACCAAGCUGCAUUAAAAUAGUUUAAUGCGCAAAGUCGUACUACCUACUACAACCUACACGAGCACAUACAGUUAACAUCAAAUCUAAUCUUAGGCCGUUUUAGCUUUAUGGCGACUGAGGGAAAUUCAAGUUUUGCUACAGCAACAUUUACACUGCAGAUGCUUUUGGAGGCCCCUUGUCAUCAAAAUGAUCCCCACUGAGUUCUUAUCUGUGUUCUUAUGGUGACUGCUGUGAAUAAACGAGAAAUGCAGGGGUGUAAGUUUAAGGAGGAGCAAGUAUGGUGAGUGUAGUGACUAUUUGUCAACAAAAACUAACAAACAAAGGCGGUGAGCAAAAUUAGAACUAAACACAACUCAAAUAAUCAGCUUUGGGCACCUUGGGGAUGUGGUUUACUCCGGCUUUUAAACACAGAGGUGAAAUGGCCAAGUAUGUUUUUUAUCCUUUGUUUACUGUUCUGAUGUUGUUGUUCUGUUUUGUAUUUGGCCUUUGCCCUUUAUGUGUCAUUUGCACCAAUGCUGAGGCUCUGAUACCCAUAAUUGUACGAGCCCCUGACCUGUGUGAAAUGUAUGUGUGUGUUUUUUAUGCUGUGUUCUGUGACUGCAAAUAGAAUUGUGAUGGA